AUGACCAAGUGUUUGACAGCAUGGAGUUUCAAAGAUCCUAUCAAAGUCAGGGAUCACAAAUGGUGUCAUGUUCAAUCAGUUGUAUAUUUCAUCUGGGUAAAAGGAGAGGAAGAUAAACCAAUUGAUAUGCGCAAUGGAAAGUCAGAGGACAGAGCGCGUGGUACCUUGCUGCCGGAGAUACACACAGACAAUGUUACAAAGUUGCUCAACCGAGGAAUGGAAAGCAUGAGAGAUCUUUUUCUCAAAUUCCAGAAGGACCUGGACAUUAAGUCCGCCAUUGAUCAUUCCGCUCUGGACAAGUUCGUCAUCCCACCGUUCCCCGUUGACUGGGCCCUCAGCAUGUUCAGAGUCAUGGCUGUGGUGGACAUAACUGCCCAUCUGUGCUCAGUCAACUGGCAUGAGAUGCAUUUCGGAAGCGCUAAGCGCAUCCGUGAUUUGUCUUAUGCGCCUUCGGAAUCGGAGUGUGAUGGUAGUGGCUCGUCCAAGUGUACACGUGCCAGUGUGAGCACCUCAACCAUCCCUUACAAGUCCCUUUCCACACCUGUGGUGAGCAGCAGCAAGUUGAUGGCUACCGCGACAAGCAAGUCAUCAUCUAAGGCCAAGUCUGAGCUCUCGAAGGCCAAGUCUAAGGAUCGCCGCAGCAAGCAUGCGAGGACUUAG